CUGAGCUGAUCUUUGUGCGAACGAAGCAGCAGAAGCGGUCGCAGUUAGCAGCGGACGGCAAACACACACGGAGCCGCCAAACACGGCACAGGAGACCGGUCCCGGACCCGAGAUUUCAUCCAGACGGCGAUCACACGGUGACAGCGACGGCCCAACGAUGGUCAUCUGGUGAAGAGUGCCGGAGCUUUUAGGUGGCAGACAGCGCCACCCAGGCGUGCAGAGUGGGACUGCAUCCCGCCUCACAACCGAACAACCAGCUUCCCGACGCGCUGCUGCCGUUGCCAGAUGGACUGCAAACUCUGAGAGCAGAGCGAGUCGAGACCGAAAACCAAGCGAGGAGAGGAGCCGGGGGGAGCACGCUCACCGGAGCAGGAAAGGGAGGGCAUUGGUCGGGAGCAGAGAGGACAAGGGGCUCUACGAUGUCGUCAAACAGGACCCAGAACCCCCACGGACUGAAACAGAUAGGCCUGGACCAGAUAUGGGACGACCUGCGGGCUGGAAUCCAGCAGGUGUACACAAGGCAAAGCAUGGCCAAGUCACGCUACAUGGAACUCUACACACAUGUAUAUAACUAUUGCACCAGCGUCCACCAGUCCAGCCAGGGCAGGGGCUCUGCGCCUCCAGCGAAGCCCUCCAAAAAGUCCACCACUCCGGGAGGCGCUCAGUUUGUAGGCCUGGAGCUCUACAAGCGACUCAAGGAGUUCCUGAAGAACUAUCUGACCAGCCUGCUGAAGGAUGGCGAAGAUCUAAUGGACGAGUGUGUGCUGAAGUUUUACACGCAGCAGUGGGAGGACUAUCGUUUCUCUAGUAAGGUCCUCAACGGGAUCUGCGCCUACCUCAACCGCCACUGGGUCAGACGAGAGUGCGAUGAGGGACGCAAGGGCAUCUACGAGAUUUACUCGCUGGCACUUGUGACCUGGAGGGAGUGUUUAUUCCGACCCCUCAACAAACAGGUAACAAACGCCGUUCUGAAGCUGAUAGAGCGAGAGAGGAAUGGUGAGACCAUUAACACCAGGCUGAUCAGUGGUGUCGUCCAGUCGUAUGUCGAACUGGGCCUGAAUGAGGAGGACGCCUUCGCCAAAGGCCCGACGCUGUCCGUCUACAAAGAGUACUUUGAAUGUCAGUUCCUCACUGACACAGAACGUUUCUACACCCGCGAGAGCACAGAGUUCCUGCAGCAGAACCCCGUCACAGAAUACAUGAAGAAGGCGGAGGCUCGCCUCCUGGAGGAGCAGCGGCGCGUGCAGGUUUACCUCCACGAGUCCACCCAGGACGAGCUGGCCAGGAAGUGCGAGCAGGUCCUCAUCGAGAAACACCUGGAGAUCUUCCACACCGAGUUCCAGAACCUCUUGGAUGCCGACAAGAACGAAGACCUGGGCCGGAUGUACAACCUGGUGUCGCGGAUCACGGACGGUCUUGGCGAACUGAAGAAGCUCCUAGAGACUCACAUCCACAACCAGGGCCUGGCCGCCAUCGAGAAGUGCGGCGAGGCGGCGCUCAACGACCCCAAAGUGUACGUCCAGACCACCCUGGACGUCCACAAGAAGUACAACGCCUUGGUCAUGUCCGCCUUCAACAACGACGCCGGCUUCGUGGCGGCGCUCGACAAGGCGUGCGGUCGGUUCAUCAACAACAACGCCGUCACCAGGAUGGCUCAGUCGUCCAGCAAGUCCCCCGAGCUGCUGGCCAGAUACUGCGACUCUUUACUGAAGAAGAGCUCCAAAAACCCAGAAGAGGCCGAGCUGGAGGACACGCUCAACCAGGUGAUGGUUGUGUUCAAGUACAUCGAGGACAAAGACGUUUUCCAGAAGUUUUACGCGAAGAUGCUGGCCAAGCGCCUGGUCCACCAGAACAGCGCCAGCGACGACGCCGAGGCCAGCAUGAUCUCCAAACUCAAGCAAGCCUGUGGGUUCGAGUACACGUCCAAACUGCAGCGGAUGUUCCAGGACAUCGGAGUCAGCAAAGACCUGAACGAACAGUUCAAGAAACACCUGACCAACUCUGAGCCUCUGGACCUGGACUUCAGUAUCCAGGUCCUGAGCUCCGGGUCCUGGCCUUUCCAGCAGUCCUGCACCUUCGCUCUGCCUUCAGAGCUGGAGCGAAGCUACCAGCGCUUCACGGCGUUCUACGCCAGCAGACACAGCGGCAGGAAGCUCACCUGGCUGUACCACCUGUCCAAAGGAGAGCUGGUCACCAACUGCUUCAAGAACCGAUACACGCUGCAGGCCUCCACCUUCCAGAUGGCCAUCCUGCUGCAGUACAACACUGAGGACAGCUACACGGUGCAGCAGCUCACCGACAGCACGCAGAUCAAGACGGACAUUCUGGUUCAGGUUCUGCAGAUCUUGUUAAAGUCGAAGCUGCUGGUUCUGGAGGACGAGAACGCCAACGUGGAUGAGGUGGAGUUCAAACCCGACACCGUCAUCAAGCUGUUCCUCGGAUACAAGAACAAGAAGCUGAGGGUGAACAUCAACGUGCCGAUGAAGACGGAGCAGAAGCAAGAGCAGGAGACGACUCACAAGAACAUCGAGGAGGAUCGCAAACUCCUCAUCCAGGCCGCCAUCGUGAGGAUCAUGAAGAUGAGGAAGGUCCUGAAGCACCAGCAGCUCCUGGCCGAGGUCCUGAACCAGCUGUCGUCCCGGUUCAAGCCCAGAGUUCCCGUCAUCAAGAAAUGCAUCGACAUCCUGAUAGAGAAGGAGUACCUGGAGCGAGUGGACGGCGAGAAGGACACCUACAGCUACCUGGCCUGAGCUCCGCCCACCUGCCCGCCCACCCGCCGGCUCUCCUCCCUUUUAUUUGUUCUCUUUUCUUUUGUUUUUUUAUUUUAUUUUAUGUCUGAGUAAUAAAGUGUGGAUCCCUCUGAGCGGCGGCCAUGUUGUGACAAACCGAACCACCGGCGGGCAGAACUCUGGUCCCGACCCGCCUCCCCGUCGUCACGUUGUACAUACAGACUGCGAGGAGUUAAGCCCCGCCUCCCGUCUUUACAUAGCGCAAAAAGAAAAAAAAAGAAAAACAUAACGAAUUAGCCAAUCAGAGGAGAGCCGCCGCCGCCGCCGCAUCCAAAGGUUUCUGCAUGCUACUGCCUACCUGCACCACGGCGACCACAGAAAAGAGUUAACGAGUAAAGUCAGAGCUAGACGAGGAGCCAGCGGGCCGACCAGAGCGCCGUCUGCUCCCGUCGUUUGGGUUCACGCAGGAUUCAUCACUGAACGGUGGACAUUUGUAUAGUGUGGUUCAUUUUCUAAAUGUGUGAUAAAUAAAAACCAGGAAAGAUUUCUCUAC